UCCUUUUAGCAACCCCGAUUUGCGGCCUUGCGCUUGUCUGCCGUCACGAAAACGAGCGACAGGGCGACGUGUACGAUUUCCCUUAGUCGAGGAUGUCCGCGAUGCUGUCUAACUGUUCGCGGAUCGCGCCCCGGGCCUUGAUACGUCUCAACGUGCUGCAGGCGCAGGUCGUGAGAUCCUUGCAUCGUGAAGGACGCCUCGUGUUCAUCCAAUCCAAAUGUGCGAACGAUACGAUAUCAUUACUCCGAACGAAGGAAAGAGAAGCGUACCACUGGAAGCUGCAAACAAGGCAAAUAAGAUCGACCUCGGCACUAUGGGAAAUAAAAGAGGUUGCUGUACCACCCUUCGCAGAAAGUGUAAGCGAAGGCGAUGUCAGGUGGGAUAAAAAAAUUGGAGAUCAAGUUAAAGAGGAUGAUGUAUUGUGUGAAAUUGAAACGGAUAAGACUUCCGUGCCGAUUCCCGCUCCUGGUCCCGGAGUGAUCAAAGAGAUUUUUGCUAAGGAUGGACAGACGGUCAAGCCAGGGCAGAAGUUAUGCACUAUCGACAUUGGUGCAACCGGAGGUGCUGCACCAGCAGCGGCUACGCCAGCAUCUGCUGCUGCGGCUCCAUCACCUCCUCCUCCUCCUCCUCCUCCACCACCACCACCUACGGCUGCCACAUCUCCUCCAGCUGCCGCACCUCCUCCACCCAAACCAGCAGCUGCAGCCCCUCAGGUAACUCCCGUUCCACCUCCUGCUUCUCGUCCUCCACCACCGCAGGCGCCAACUGCGUCAAUGCCAGUUGCUGCCAUUAAACAUGCGCAGAGUUUGGAAGGUGCCAAAGUGCUGCUACCUCCAUCGGACUACACUCGAGAGAUCCUUGGUACUAGAACGGAACAGCGGGUGAAGAUGAACAGGAUGCGUUUACGUAUUGCUGAAAGAUUGAAGGAGGCUCAAAACACGAAUGCCAUGCUGACGACCUUCAAUGAGAUCGACAUGAGUCGCAUCAUGGAGUUCCGCAAGACCAAUCAAGAAAGCUUCACCAAGAAAUACGGUUUGAAGUUGGGCUUCAUGAGUCCAUUCAUAGCAGCCAGUGCCUACGCUCUCAAGGAUCAGCCAGUCGUCAAUGCUGUCAUCGAUGGGGGAGACAUCGUCUACAGAGACUAUGUCGACAUCAGUGUGGCCGUUGCCACCCCGAAAGGUCUCGUUGUUCCUGUGCUCCGCAGUGUAGAGAACAAGAACUUCGCUGAAAUCGAGAUCGCACUGGCAGCCAUAGGAGACAAGGCCAGGAAAGGGAAGAUCACCGUCGAGGACAUGGAUGGUGGCACCUUUACGAUAAGCAACGGAGGUGUCUUCGGUUCCCUCAUGGGAACUCCCAUUAUCAAUCCGCCCCAGAGUGCUAUCCUCGGGAUGCACGGUGUGUUCGACAGACCGAUCGCUGUUAAAGGACAGGUGGUGAUCCGACCCAUGAUGUACAUAGCCCUUACUUACGACCAUCGAUUGAUCGACGGGCGUGAAGCUGUGAUGUUCUUGCGUAAAAUUAAGGACGCAGUGGAGGAUCCUAGAGUAAUGUUAGCUGGUCUCUAAACUAGUCGCGAACACCAUGGUCACGUGCCUCCUCGAAAGGAACGCGCCUCUCAUCCCUUCCGAGUCAUUUGUACAGUUACCUAUUGUGUAUUAUAUUUCGUUCAUCGUGGUUCGCGACCAAAAACAACAGACAAGCAAUGUUUUUAUACUGUAUUAUCGUCAUCUGAUUCGAAGCCAUGGAAGCGCCUCGUUGUUCCGAGGACGGGACUCGCAAAGUGGAAACUUUCGUUUCCUCGUUUCUACUUGGCAGCCCCUCGUCAUUCUCACAGAACUGCGAAUUUUCAUAAAUUACUCGAGGAACAACGCUUAUUUAUUCGAGCGAUCUCCCAUUAUCGUUUCGCUCAGUUGUAAUCGACCGUUUACCGAUCGGUAGACGCCGACGCGAAAUCCGUAUCUUGACGUAAACGAUUGUAAAUAAUAUAAAGGUGUACUCUGUGAUU